GGGAAAUCUUGCCUGGAGGUGGUGGAAAGGCGAGAGGAGACGGUUCAAGGCUUCCUGCAGAGAAAGGUUUUCUUCUGCCGUCUGUGACAGCUUCUUGAUCUGUCCCCAGAACCUGUUUGGUGGUCUCUUCACACGGAUGCGCGAGACAUUUGGUGCCAAAGACCCGGGUCAGAGGGACUCCUUCGGGGGACCAGUUCCCUGUCUUCACCCUUGCUCUAUGAAGAGAUCCACCUAUGACGUCAGGUCCUCAAACCAACCAACCCAAGGAACAUCUCACCGAUUUCAAAUCGGGCCCCCACUGGAGGUCGGACUGUCCAACUCACAUCACCGCCACUCCUAAAGCCCCUGGAGCCCAAACCCAACCUUCCUCGGCUGACUCCUUCCCAGAUCUCCUCUGCUUAGCAGCUGAAGACUGCCUGAUCGCCUCGGAAGCUCCCUGGACCAUCACGGAUGCCGAGUUUCGGGUAACUCUUACAGUGGAGGGGCAGAUGUCCAUUGCAAUCACUGUGAUGCUGAUCAUACACAACUAUUGGUUCCUUUACAUCCCUUAUUUGACGUGGCUUUACUUUGACUGGCAUACCCCAGAGCAAGGCGGCAGGAGAUGCAGCUGGAUCAAAAAUUGGACUCUUUGGAAACACUUUAAGGACUAUUUUCCAAUUCAUCUCAUCAAAACUCAAGAUUUGGAUCCAAGUCACAACUAUAUAUUUGGGUUUCACCCCCAUGGAAUAUUGGCGGCUGGAGCCUUUGGGAAUUUUUCUACAAAUUAUUCCGACUUCAAGGAGCUGUUUCCUGGCUUUACUUCAUAUCUUCACGUGCUGCCACUUUGGUUCUGGUGUCCUGUCUUCCGAGAAUAUAUGAUGAGCAUUGGGCUAGUUUCAGUUUCCAAGAAAAGUGUGUCCUAUGUGGUAAGCAAGGAAGGAGGUGGAAACAUCUCUGUCAUUGUCCUUGGGGGUGCAAAAGAAUCACUGGAUGCCCAUCCUGGAAAGUUCACUCUGUUCAUCCGCCAGCGGAAAGGAUUUGUUAAAAUUGCUUUGACCCAUGGUGCCUCUCUGGUCCCAGUGUUUUCUUUUGGUGAAAAUGAACUGUUUAAACAAGUUGACAACCCCGAAGGCUCAUGGAUUAGAACUGUUCAAGAGAAACUACAGAAGAUCAUGGGGUUUGCUUUGCCCCUGUUUCAUGCCAGGGGAGUUUUUCAGUACAAUUUUGGCCUAAUGCCCUAUAGGAAAGCCAUCCACACUGUUGUUGGCCGCCCGAUCCCUGUUCAUCAGAUUCUGCACCCGACCGAGGAGCAGAUUGAGGAGUUACAUCAGACCUAUAUGGAGGAACUUACGAAAUUAUUUGAGGAGCACAAAGGAAAGUAUGGCAUUCCAGAGCAUGAGACUCUUGUUUUAAAAUGACUUGACUGUAAAUAAAUAAAUAAAUAAAAAUAAAUGACUUGACUAUAAUA